AUGCAUCAGUGUGAGUUGUCUCUGCUGGCAUUGGGUGAAACUGGAAAGUAUGUGGAUCUUUCUGGGGUUCCGGGCUUUUGUGAUGUGCUGCUUCAUCAGCUGGAGAGCCAGCAGGACGAGAUUCGGCUUGCAGCCGCGCUGGCGUUGGGCUAUGCAACCGUGGGUGCUAUGGGCACACUUCUAAAGGUCGUGAUUGACAAUGUGCAGCAGGCUGGGGCAGAAGCACAAAAGAAACAGUACUUGCUGCUGACAUCCCUGCGAGAAGUCAUUGCAAUCGGCGUUGCCGAGAGGCAUGGAUCCCGUACACUGGCGGAGCAUCUCAAGCCGCACGUUCCACGGGUCCUACCAAUCCUGCAGCAGUAUGCCGACUCACAGGAGGAGAGCAUGCGGAAUGUUGUGUCCGAGUCACUCGGACACCUGCUCACAGUCGACCAGGACGCUGUUAUGCAAGCCUUGACUGUGCUUCUCUCCAACAGAGACAGGGAGAGCUGGAGGACGAGGGCCGCGGCUGUUGCUGCCGUGCGUUUUGCCGCAGCAAAGCAAUGCCAGGCUUCCGCGGUCUUGCCACUGAAGGAAGCACUGCUGACCUGCCUGGGCGAUGAGGAGUUGCAGGUGAGAAAGGCAGCGCUACACUCGGUGAACGUGGUGUGCGUCUCCCCUACCUGCUCGGAGAUCCUGAGGGACAGCACUGAUCUCAUCCUCGAGCGAAUCAAAGAGGACUCCAAGCAGAAGCCAGAGCUCAUCAGAGAGGUGGAUCUAGGACCGUUUAAGCACAAGGUAGAUGAUGGGUUGCCUUUGCGGAAGUUUGCGUACACCGUGUGCUGUUCACUGCUUGCAGCCUAUCCUGAGCAGAUCGCUUCACCAGCGCUCAUAGAUUUGGUGCUGCAAGGGAUGGCCGACAAUGAAGACAUCCAGGUCAUCUGCUGUCAGCUGCUCCAGGACCUUUGUUCCUGGAACUUUGCUCUUUACCGCAUUGUCGGCCGCGUCGGCGAUCUGGUCGAGCCAUUCGACCGGUGUAUUGUGCGGUGGAUCAAGCAAGUGCAGGCGAAGCAGCAGGUUGGCCGAGCCAUGGACAUGCUCAGACUCUACGCGAGAACCUUGAAGGUGGUGGAGCCCAUUGCAGAGGCAAACCAACACAAGGUUUUUGUGGACUUCAUGGGCCGAAUCAUGAAGGACCAGGCGUUCGCGCAAGUUUACGAUCAAGCCACUGCCGGCAAAGAGCUGUGA